CCUACUAGCUAAAUACUCAUAUCAUGCCCUGUUAACAGGAUCGAGUAAUCUGUAAACAUGAUGAUAGGUAACGAUCUUGCAGCCCUCGUGUUCUUUGAAAAUGCCUAAACUUCCAACGGCGGAGCAAGCUGCGCGGCAGCUUGCACAUCCAGGGGAUAACCUUAGCCCGAGUGUUAUUACCGCCUGUGCAGUGUCCUCCGCUCUCGGUACAGUAUUCGUUGCUCUUCGAAUAUGGUCCAAAAGGAUACUCUACCACAAUCGAUUUCGCCUAGACGUCAACGACUGGCUAUGUCUCACUGCCUGGGCUCUUUUCAUCGCAAGUGAAACCAUCUUCGCUGUGGCCACCCGCUACGGUUUUGGCAGACAUGUUGUUUUCGUCACCAACCCACGGAUGCUGCAAAUUCUCAGUCUGGUCGCCGAGAACCUGUAUGCGGUAGAGAUCGCUUUGCUGAAGCUUAGCAUUCUUAGCCUAUACCAACAUAUUUUCAGACAGCAUACUUGGUUCUUUCGCGCGACGUGGUUAGUCGGCUUCGUUGCUGUCUCCCUUGGAAUAUGGGUUAUAUUGGCGACCAAUUUGCAAUGUAUACCAAUUGCAGCAACUUGGGAUCCAACGAUAGUUGAUGCUACCUGCAUCAAUUAUGGGCUUUCUGCUCUAUUGGCAUACAUAGUUAACAUUGUUAUCGACCUUGUUAUCUUGACCAUGCCUAUCCCUUGCGUGCUGAAGCUUAAGCUCUCGGUGCACAGGAAGUGGAUGCUUAUCCUUACAUUUGCGACUGGUGGGGGUGCAUGCAUCGUUAGCAUUGUUCAACUAAAGUAUAUAACCCAUCUAGGGAGUACCUCAGAUCCAAGCUGGGACAAUGCUCCCGUCGGCAUUGUGUCUUCCAUUGAGGUAAUGAUCGGAAUCCUAGCCGUCUCCAUCGCAACUUAUCGUCCCCUCUACCAACACUUCUUCGGGUUGAAGUUGAGCGAUACCAACCGAGAGAGAGUGACUGAUCCAUACGCCAAGAACCUAUAUACCGCUCAGGUAUCUGCUAAUAGUAAAUUCUAUUCGUCGAUGGCUUCUCAGUCUGGUAUUACUGCUACUGACCAAGUCGAGUUAGUGAGGCAUAUGAAGCAGGAUGGACAGUGGGUUAGGGUCAACGAUGAUGAGACAUCGUGAGUCAGGGAUGGAUUCAGCACAAAUCAUGUGGAAGUCAAUAAAAGCCAAGAGACUUGUGAAGCCUCGAUGUAUGUCACGGAACCAAGGAAGCCUAAUUUCCAAUAUAUAGCACGGACCAAGGAAUAUUGUAUAUAACGCUAGGAAAGGGAAUAAGGGGCAAAAACUAAAACUUCCUUCCUUAUAUAAUAAUAAAAUAAAUAUAUAAAACUAUAGUUAGGUAAUAUUAUAAUAGUUUAUUAUAUUUAAAAAAUAGAUAAUAUCCUUCUUUAA